AUGAGUGCCUUUCGAUCAUUCGAGGCUACUCUGCAAUGCUGGAGGAUCAAGGACUCGAGGCACUUUGGUUUCAAGUUGUUCACCAAGUUUGGAUCAGGCAAACCCCUGCCACCAGAUGCUUCGCAUCUUGGAUUAUCUGUGAGCGCUUUUCUUUUUAAGCGGGCCAGGAUUGCCUCCAAGGAUGUGACCAUGCAGUGGCGGAAGAACAUUCGCCUCGGCCACUGUCUUCAAGAGGCUCAUCGAACAAUAGGGCUCGGCGACUCGGCCAUUAUCAUGGCCGAUAUUGCGGGAUCUGCUCGGUCGAUCACGCCGCCUCCCAAGAUCAAGGCCCUUGCGAACACUGUCAUUUUUACGCCGAACAAGAAGCGUACUUUAGCUAUGUAUUCUACAUUUUAG